UAGCACAAAAAUCCCUAGUUCUUUUUUGUUCGUGCAUGUUGCCGAGCCUUGUACAGAAAGUUUCACAGUAUUUAGUAACCUGUAUUGUUGCAAAGUAAUUGUCAUGGCUUCGGAACGGUAUAGUUUUUCGUUAACAACUUUCAGUCCCUCUGGGAAACUGGUGCAGAUAGAAUAUGCCUUAGCUGCGGUUGCUGCUGGGGCUGCUAGUGUUGGUAUCAAAGCCUCAAACGGGGUUGUUCUUGCCACAGAAAACAAGCACAAAUCAAUAUUGUACGAUGAACACAGUGUGAAGAAAGUAGAAAUGAUUACAAAACAUAUUGGUAUGGUCUACAGUGGGAUGGGUCCAGAUUACAGAUUACUAGUAAAACAGGCACGUAAAAUUGCACAGCAGUAUCAACUUAUUUACCAAGAACCAAUACCUACCGCACAGCUGGUGCAAAGAGUUGCCAUGCUGAUGCAAGAAUAUACACAGUCUGGAGGAGUCAGACCAUUCGGAGUGUCUUUGCUAAUUUGUGGCUGGGACAAUGGAAAGCCUUGUUUAUAUCAGUGUGAUCCUUCUGGUGCAUACUUUGCGUGGAAGGCCACGGCAAUGGGCAAGAACUUUGUCAAUGGGAAAGUAUUUCUCGAGAAAAGAUACAGCGAGGAUUUGGAACUAGACGAUGCCGUUCACACUGCCAUUUUAACUUUGAAGGAAGGAUUCGAGGGACAGAUGACCGCUGAUAACAUAGAAGUUGGUAUUUGCGAUGCAAAUGGUUUCAGAAGAUUGGAACCUUCGAACGUCAAGGAUUACCUUGCCAAUAUUCCUUAAUUUAUAUAUUUUUUAUUUAUCACAUUAUUUACAGUGAUCUUUACGAAAUCUACGUAAACUAGAUUCUUAUAAUGAAAUAUUUCGUUAAAAAUAAACAAAAAAUAUUAUUCCGUAUAA